AUGAGCCGCCGCCGCUCCUCCGGCUCCGGGCGCCGCGACCCGGCCCGCGACGCCGCCUGCAGCGCCUCGUCGCCCGCGCCCGAGGAAAUUUACGACCAUCUCUUGGAAGUCCCGGUCACUCGGGAGCAGUUACACCACUACCGGAAUGUGGCUGAAAAUGCUCGAAGUGAACUUGCUGCAACUUUGGUCAAAUUUGAAUGUGCUCAGUCUGAGCUUCGAGAACUCCGAUCCAAGAUGCUUUCGAAAGAAGCCUCCUGUCAAGAGUUGAAAGCUGAAAUGGAGAAUUACAAAGAAAAUAAUGCUAGAAAAUCAUCUCUCCUCACCUCUCUGAGAGACAGAGUUCAGGAGCUGGAGGAAGAAUCAGCAGCACUUACCACUUCUAAAAUUAGAACGGAAAUCACAGCUCACACUGCCAUCAAGGAGAACCAGGAGUUGAAGAAGAAAGUUGCAGAACUAGAAGAGAACUUACAAAAAUGCUUAAAGGAAAAUGAGGAGAAUAAGAAGCAAAUCUCAAAGAAUUGCAGGAGACAUGAAGAAUUUCUAGCUCAACUUUGUGACUGCUUAGAUCCGGACAAGAAGAAUGAAAAGGCGUCAGAUGAAGAUUUAAUUCUAAAGCUUAGAGAGCUGUGCAAGGAAAACGCACUCGUAAAAGGACAGAUUGUUACUCUUGAAGAGACUAUAAAUGUCCAUGAGAUGGAAGCAAAAGCUAGCAGAGAAACCAUCAUGAGGCUUGUUUCAGAAGUAAACAGAGAGCAGGAAAAAGCCGCCUCCUGCGCUGAAGAAAAAGACAAGCUGAGCCAGGAUUUGCUCAGCGCUGUAGAGACUAAGGAAGCUCUUGAAAGGGAGGUCAGGCUCUUCCAAGAAAGGCUGCUUGCUGGCCAGCGGGUCUGGGAUGCCUCGAAGCAGGAGCUGAGCCUCUUGAAGAAAAGCUCUUGCGAGUUGGAGAAGAGCUUGGAGGCCAGCCUGGAUGCAGCGGCAGCCUCGCGAAACCAGCACUCCUCGUUUAGGGAGAAAGUCGCAGCCCUGCUUGGGGGCGUCGGGGGCACAAUUGGGCCAACGGAGGAUGCCAUUUUGGAAAGGAUCCGAGAAAUGACCAGCCAGGGAGAGAGCCAGAAAAGGAUGGUCUCCCAGCUUGAGGCCCGAAUAUCUGAGCUUGUGGAGCAGCUGGGAAAGGAGUCUGGGUCUCACCAGAAAGCUCUUCAGAGAGCCCAGAAAGCAGAAAGCAAGUUGGAGACUCUUCAGGGUCAGCUGACACGCCUGGAGGCAGAGCUGGCUUCUGGAGAUGUUUUUCGAGAUAACUUGAAUUUUGAGAAACAAAAAUAUCUUAAAUUUCUGGAUCAGCUCUCAGAGAAAAUGAAAUUGGACCAGAUGGCUGCUGAACUUGGCUUUGACAUGCGCCUGGAUGUAGUUUUAGCUCGCACAGAGCAGCUGGUCCGCCUCGAGAGCAAUGCAGUCAUUGAAAACAAGACUAUCGCCUACAAUUUACAGAGAAAGCUCAAGACCCAGAAAGAAAGACUGGAGAGCAGAGAGCUGCACAUGAACCUCCUCCGGCAGAAAAUCGCCCAGCUGGAGCAGGAGAAGCAGGUGCGUUCGGCCUUGGCGGUAGAGAGGGACGAGGCCAAUCUCACCCUAAGGAAGUUGCAGAAGAAGAUGGAGAGGCUGCAGAAGGAGCUGAGUGCAUGUCGACAAUCGAACACUGAGCUCAAAGCCCAAAUGGCUGAUACCAGUGAGCUUAAGAUUAAGACUUUGGAACAGACCAAAGCCAUUGAAGACCUAAAUAAAUCCAGAGACAAACUUGAGAAGAUGAAGGAGAAAGCUGAGAAAAAGCUAAUGUCUGUCAAGUCAGAACUGUAUUCUACAGAGCAUGAGGCUAAGGAGGAUAAAGAGAGAGCCAGGAACAUGAUAGAAGUGGUAACCAGCGAAAUGAAGACACUAAAAACAUCUCUGGAAGAAGCAGAAAAGAGAGAAAAGCAGCUGGUGGACUUCAGGGAGGUGGUUGCCCAGAUGCUGGGCUUGAACAUGACCAGUCUUGCACUUCCUGACUAUGAAAUCAUCAAAUGUCUUGAAAGACUGAUCCAUUCACAUCAUCAUCAUUUUGUCACCUGUGCCUGCCUCAAAGAUGUGACGCCUGAGCGAGAUAGGCACCCACAAAGUCACUUAAAACUCCUUCAUUGAACACCAUGUCUCUUGAACGAGGUGGAGCUAAGGGAUGGCAGACAAUUCUAAUUUCACUAAUUCCCUAAACUUUUGAAAUCUGAUCAGUAUGUGAAUACCAUAUACUUUGAUGAUAGAACAAGAAUCCAUCAUUUACAAAAAGGGAUCUCAGAGGUGCCAGCUGUAGGGAAAUGUUUGACACUGAAAACACCUAUUGUUUUAUUUGCUAGCACUUUGGGACCCAGAAGAGUCCCAGUAGAUUGCCAACUAGAAUGGGUAAUGGUGGUAGGAAAUUUACAUUGAUGGGAUUCCUUUUAUGAGUCAGGGGCUUUACUACCCAAUUUAAUUCUCAUAAUAGCCAUGUGGAGAUUUUAUAACCUCUCUGGGGCUCAGAGAGGGUAUUACCUACCCAAGGUUGCAAUUGGUUAGUAAUUGAACCAGAAGCCUUACCAUGCUGGCUCUGGUUCAAAGGCUGUGACUUCUCUGCUACACUACACUUCUCCAGUUUCUCCUGAAUUCCUGAGAUCCAGGUGAAAAUUGCUCCCGAAAGGCAAGGAAAACAUUCCUACAAUCAAGAAUUGAAGCCCAAAACGUAACAGAUUUAUGAACAUUACCCAUAUGAUUUCUUUAAAAAGCAAUAUACCAACUUAUUUAGUAAAACAUACCUAGGCCUGAGGUCCUAUAAGAAAGUUACCUGUUUGAAAUGUGGCUGCCAGAUCAACAUUUGGUAGCAAUUUUUCAUGUUGGAGGAGGGUUGAUCUCAGUCCUUGAAAAAUGAAACCUUGAACGUGAAUCCUGUCAGAUGAUAUCCUACACAAUUUUAUUCACCAGUUUAUCAGAGGCACGGACAGCAUGGGUACUUUUUUCGGAUUGGAGUUUUAUGACUUUCUUUCAUUUUCUGCCUUCUUGUUAAAUUUCUAUUUCACAGAUAUUUUUCAGGAAACCAUGUUUUUAACUUUAUUGAGAAAAACGUUUACUUUCUUGGGUGAUUACCUUAUUUUUUGCCAUAUGAGUUUUUUUAAUAGUUUCUGAAAAAAAGCAUUGGUGUCUCACGAAAGGAGAGGGGGGAGAAUAAAUUACAUCCAACCAGAGAAAAAGCAAAUUCUAUGGGGCAUGUGGGUAGCUUAGUUGG